GGCGGGGAGGCCGGGGUGUGGGAAGUGUGGCGGCCCCGCCCAGUGUCUUGGAACUGCCGAGGUCGCCACCGCUGCCGCCGCCGCAGCUGUGGGAGACUGGCGCGGUUACGCAGGCGAAAGGCGCUCUUUCCCUGCUGAAAGUACCCUCAGAAAAGCAACCAUCUCCCCAGCCCACCAUGGCGGACGAAAUUGAUUUCACUACUGGAGAUGCUGGGGCUUCCAGCACUUACCCUAUGCAGUGUUCGGCCCUGCGCAAAAACGGCUUCGUGGUGCUCAAAGGACGACCAUGCAAAAUAGUGGAGAUGUCAACUUCCAAAACUGGAAAGCACGGUCAUGCGAAGGUUCACCUUGUUGGAAUUGAUAUUUUCACGGGCAAAAAAUAUGAAGAUAUUUGCCCUUCUACUCACAACAUGGAUGUUCCAAAUAUUAAGAGAAAUGAUUAUCAACUGAUAUGCAUUCAGGAUGGUUACCUUUCCCUGCUGACAGAAACUGGUGAAGUUCGUGAGGAUCUUAAGCUGCCAGAAGGUGAACUAGGCAAAGAAAUAGAAGGAAAAUAUAAUGCAGGUGAAGAUGUACAGGUGUCUGUCAUGUGUGCAAUGAGUGAAGAAUGUGCUGUAGCCAUAAAGCCCUGCAAAUAAACGGGAACAUCAGGCAUGAGCAAAAUGUUUAGGUCUGGAUCAACUGCAGAUCUAAAGUUUGGUUCUAAGUUGUCACCAAAGCUAUGGCGUUCAUAAGCAACCUCAUUUCUUUUUUAAUUGUUUUGAAAUUGUGCUGAGUUAGUUUUGCAGGCAAUUCGUAAUUUAAAAAAAUGAUCAAGAUGUAUAAUUCUUUUUUUUAAAUUUUGUAGGUGUCUUUCCUAUAACUUUCCUGUGGUUUUCAGUAUGUAAGUCUAAGAAACAGACAAGAUAGCUUCAGCAGAUGUGAUUUGUCUGAGCAAAUCGUUCCUAAAUUUUAGUUAAAUGAUAAAUAAACCAGGGUUUUAAAUCAAACAAUGUAGCAUCUAGUGGUAUUGAAGCACCACAUUUAAGUUGAAUUGCUCUGCAUUAAUUUCGAACUUAAUAUCAUAGAAUAAGUAGAUUAUGGAUUGGAAUUGUCAGUUUCAGCAUGGGUGUGGCAAGUACAGAUCCUUAAACAAAAAUCAUGUUAUCAAAGAGUGCCAGUUAUCUUAGUAACCAUGUGCAGCCCACCUGUAUUACCUCAGUCAUUCUGUUCUUUGCCAAAUUGCUGGUAGACUUAAUAUAACCUAUAUUAUGGGGAUUUUAGUACUUUCUUGUGGUUGACAGAGGCAUUAAACUGUUUUGUGAUAGUUAGCAAGUCAUAUUGUAAGGAAGACACAAAGGACAGUGGCAAAGGAUGUUGGUUAAAACUAUAGGUUUUUAUUUGUGGCCUUUGUAUUCAACAUAAAAAUAGGAAGUUUCCAUUUGUGUUUUUGCCUUUAACUCUUGUUUUCUCUCUUUAUUAAAGGGAGUGACCUGCUUUACAGGAUACUAUGUAGCACUUUUUAUCAAUUAUGUUGAAUAAAUGUUGGUAUUUGUAGUAGUCACUCCUUUUCAGCCAUUUUUAAGUAGACUUUUUUCACAUCAAAAUAUUUGUUAGACAAAACUGGAAAUUCUUACUUUAAAUUGAUUUGGAACAUUUGUUAAAUUUAUGUAUAUUUUUUCUAACAUGAAAGUGAAUCAUAGAAGAAAAGUCACUUUAUGUGAUAAUUAUUAUUUAACUUAAGAAGUAUAUGUAUUUUAUCUGAUUGUCAUGUGACUUAAUUCAGUUACUGGUGUGAAAUAUAUCUAGGAAAGAAUUCUAUAAACAAUUAUUUUAAAAAGUAUUUUAGGUGAUUCUGCUACAUUUCUGUUUAGUCUUUUGGAUCAUAUAUCUAUAUUUCCAGAAUUCUAGGCAUUGUCACAGGGUUUGUGAGGACCUUUGACUCAAUACCAGUCAUUAUAUUGCAGUGAAACUUAGAACAAAAUCACCAUUUCAGUAAUAACUUCAUUCUCUAAGACUCAUUAUGAGACCUCUCCCAUCAUACUUUGACUUCUAAAAGGCCUUUGUACCUAUCAUCUAGAGGAAAAUAUGUAUGAUGCUGUAACUGGUCUACUCAGUGACUGGAAAUAGCAUUAGGAACAGAAGAUCCCAAAGUUUUAGUUACUUAGUUUGCACACACUUUUAAAUCUUGUAUUGGCCUCAGCAAACCCAUUUGGAGAAGAAGCAAGAUACUUUAAGGAAAUGCAAGAGGAAUUCUAAAGCACAAGAAAUAUUGAGGUUGUAGUUAAUCAUUUUUAGUGUAACAUUUUAGUUUUUCCCAUCCAAAGCACAGUUAGUAACUAGACUAAAUUCUUUCCAGUAUUCCAUUUAAGUAUCUACUACAUACUGCUCUAGUUUUUUAGUACUCUGUAAUAUGUAUCUUACUUGGGACUGGUUGGCAUUGUUACCCACAGGAGCUCCAAAAAGUUAUCAGUCUGUGUUACUUGCUGGUCAUUCAUAUGACCUCAGUUAACCACACUGAUGUUCUGGUUUAGUAUUAAUUCUGGAUUGGCAUGCCCUUGUUCUUCAUAAUUUGUCAAACUUCACAUAAAUAUAUUUUCAAUUGUGAGGUAAGUGUAUAUAAAUUAUAAUAAUGCAUCUGUACCUUCAUAUCUUGAAUGGCAAAAGCUAUUUAUGCUUAAAUAUUUCAUUUUAAUUACUAUAAUGAGUAUAAAUACUCUUCUGUCAUAUAAUUAAUUAUAAGUAUAGAUUUUAAAGAUAUGGGACUGUUUAUUUUCACAUAAGUCAGUACAUGUUUCUCUAGAACAAUAUAUUUCAUUUAGAAAAGCUUUAUAAAUUGUAUUAAAAGGAAGCAGGAAACAUAUUUUUUAACAGAACAGAAGUGACUUCAUUCUUUUUUGACAUCAGAAAUGUUAAAAGUUGAUUCCUAGUAUUUGUUGUACUUUUUUGUAGCAAAUGUGUUAAAUGUCAAAGUUACCAUAUAUAGAAUGUAGACUGUCACAUUGAUAGAUUAUACAGUGAUACCUUUUUGUCUGUAGGCAUUUCACCAAUUUAUAUACAAUAUUAUAGUAACAAGUGGAAUAUUUCUUUCUUUCUAGAACAACAUAUUUUAUUUCUACUGUGAAGACUUUGUUUUACCUUAUUUGCUACAAAGUUGUAUACCCUCUGAAAUAGAUCAAAUUAUUGCUACUUUGACUUAGCAUUUGCAUCAUAAACAUAAUUAUGAUGUUUCUUUUAUGCUCCCCUCCAAGGGCUGUCAGUCACUUGAAAUUAUUGCUAACCAAGCUCUUGAAUACGUUUCCAUUUAUGGUACAAAAUUCUGUACCAAUGCUUUAUAACAAUUAUCAGAACUCUCCUGCAGCCAGAGCAUGAAAUCUUUAAUAGGAGAUGCUGCAAUAAAAUGUUUAGGCUAUAAAAAUUGGGGACACAACUUUUCAUUAUAGCACAAUUAGUGUGCAUGUGCACACAUAGCUUUGUAUGUUUGUUCUUUUUACAACGUCAUUCCAACUCUUAAAAGUACUGUAGUCUGGUAGUGCCUCAAAUGUUGGUAACUGUUUUUUUUUUUUAAUUUACAGCUUUUCCAGAAUUUGUUUUUGUACUUUAAAGUUUCUCAAUUAGAUUAUUUCUAGUUGAACUGUAAUUUGAAUGCAUUGUUCUCAGGGCUCUUUGUGCUAAGUGCUGAAGUUUCAUUAUUUCAAAGCUAACUGCCUGAAAGUAUAUUACAAAUUUUUCCCAAAUUAUAAUAGAGUGAUACAUACAAACAAAAAUCCAUAAUAUCAACAUAUUUAAACCAUAUACUAAAUAUUCAAGAAAAAAAUGAGAACAUUAGUAACAUCUAUACUGGAAUCUUGCCAUAUUUUUUUUCAUUUUAGAAAAGAAUUUGGUAGUCUUAUCUUAGACCCUUAUCCUUAAUGAUAUAUCUGAAAGCAUUCCUUUGGCCCAGAACCCAGAGAUAGUUUUAGAGCCAAACUUUGAUGUGAUUCUCAAACAUAUUUAGGGACAACAGAACAAAAAUUCAUAGUACUUUUUUGGGUACACUAAAAUGUUUACAUAUUCUGGAAUACGAACUAGGAACAAAUUUAUUAUGAGAAAAUAUGGCUCUUAAGCAGAAAAUGUGUGAACUAUAAGCAUAUUUCCAUAAACAGUAUAUUAUAUUGAACUGGUCAACAGUUUAAAAUUUUCUGAUAUCAUCUAAGCAGAGUACUUUAUAGUUUUCAAGCCUUUUUUUU